AUGUCUUCUACUUCUAGAAAUAGGAAGUAUGAUUCUGGUUAUGAAAAGCGUAAGAAGAAACAAAGACUAGAAGCAGCAGCUCAAACUCAAAAGGGUGCUCUUGAUAGAUUUGUUGUCAAAAAAUCUCAAUUUAAUUCUGAAUAUCAAACUCUAGCUGAUAAUAUUGAUGAGGGUCAUAGUGAUGAUGCUAACAUUGCAGUAGAAGUUGAGGCGCACGCUGUAGAAAUUGUUCAAGGUGAUGAUGCUAAUAUUGCCGAUGAAGUUAGUGGAUAUACUGAUGAAGUUGAUCCCAGCUUGGAUAGAUCACCAAGUACUGAAAGUAACAAUAACAUCAAUACUUCUUUUCAGCCUGAUAUAUUUGAUCCAAGAACUUGGAAUGCACUUGAUCCUAAAAUGAUUGAUAUUUUGGUGCAAAAAGGUCCUAAAAGAGACUUGUCUAUUGAGAAAGGUCCUAAAGAUAAAUUCUCUAGAAGGUUUUCUGCAGUAUCAUACACUAGAGUUCUCUCAAAUGGAGAAAAGUUUGGCACUAGACUUAAAGAGUAUGAAACUAGUGUAGAACAUGUUAUGAAUAUGGCUACUUGGUAUGACUUGCGUCUCAGGUUGCAAAAGAAUCAAACAAUUGAUAAAGUUGCUCAGCGAGAACUUCAAAAAGAAAGGGACCAUUGGAGAAAAGUUUUGUUUAGAAUUAUCUUGAUUGUAAAAUUUCUUGCAGAACAUAAUCUGGCAUUUCGUGGCACUAAUAGCAGGUUGUACCAAGACAACAAUGGUAAUUUCUUAGGAUUGGUUCAAAUGUUGGCUGAAUUUGAUCCAGUUAUCCAACAGCAUGUUCAACGCAUCACGAAUGAUGAAAUUCAUAUUCAUUAUCUUGGUCCUGGCAUCCAGAAUGAGUUAAUAAAUUUGAUUGCUGCUACAAUCAGGUCUGAAAUCAUUGGAAAGGUAAAAGAAGCAAAAUACUUCUCAGUUAUCCUUGAUUGUACUCCUGAUGCAAGCCACCAAGAACAGAUGUCUUUGAUUAUAAGGUAUGUUGAUGCAUCUUCAGAUUCUGUUUGCAUUGAAGAAUCAUUUUUAGGUUUUUUGGAUGUAAAUGAUACAACUGGGCAAGGAUUGUUUGAUGUUCUACAAAAUGAAUUGAAGAAUCUUGACCUUGAUAUAGACAAUGUGAGAGGACAGGGAUAUGAUAAUGGGUCAAAUAUGAAAGGAAAACAUCAAGGGGUACAAAAGAAACUAUUGGAUAUAAAUCCUAGAGCUUUUUAUUCAGCUUGUGGUUGUCAUAGUCUGAAUUUAACACUAUGUGAUAUGGCAAAGUCUUGUGGUAAAGCAAAAGAUUUUUUUGGAGUUAUACAACGUAUCUAUGCAACAUUUGCUAAUUCUACUAAGAAAUGGCAAAUUCUUAAAGAUAACAUAACAGGACUGACUCUCAAGUCAUUGUCAUCUACUCGUUGGGAGAGUCGUGUUGAUAGUGUUAAGGCUAUAAGGUUUCAGAUUCAGGAAAUAAGGGAGGCUUUACUACAAGUGGCUGAAAGUGAUAAUGAUCCAUUGACAAGUAGUGAAGCUAAAUCCUUGGCGGAUAAUGAACUUGGUGGCUUUGAAUUUUUAGUGGCAAUAAUCAUCUGGUAUGAAAUAUUAUCUGCUGUUAAUUUGGUCAGCAAGCAACUACAAGCAAAGGAUAUCCUUAUUGAUAUUGCAAUUGAGAAAGUACAGGGGCUGAUUUCCUUUUUCAAUAAGUAUAGAGAAACCGGCUUUUCAAAUGCGUUAGAAGCUGCAAAAGAAAUUGCACUUGAGAUGGAUAUUGCUCCAGAAUUUUGCACCAAGCGUAAAAUCAAAAGAAAACGACAAUUUGAUGAGAGCACUGAUGAUGCAUCUAUUGGUUCACAAUCUGCACAAGAGUUAUUUAGGAUCAAUUAUUUUAUAGCUGUUGUUGAUCAAGCUAUAGCCUCACUUACUAGGAGAUUUGAACAAUAUCAGGGAUACGAAAAUACUUUUGGUUUCUUGUUUAAUUCAGAUAAGCUACGCUCCUUGGAUGAUAAGAGUUUGUUUUCUUCUUCUGUUAAUCUUGAGGCUGCACUUAAGAGUGGAGAACAUUCAGAUAUUGAUGGAAAAGAAUUGUAUGUGGAGUUAAAGUUCAUCCAGGAUCUUAUUAAGGAAUCUAUAGGCCCUCUUGAUAUUCUGAAGUAUUUGAAACAGCUAUGUUGUUUUCCUAAUGCCGUUAUUGCAUACAGAAUUUUGUUAACCAUUCCCGUGACUGUUGCAUCUGCGGAAAUGAGCUUUUCUAAACUCAAGUUGUUGAAAUCCUACUUGCGUUCUACUAUGACACAAGAAAGACUUAAUGGACUGGCGACAAUAGCACUUGAAAAUGAUGUUUUGGAGAAGAUUAAGUAUGAAGAUAUAAUUGAAGAUUUCAUUUCAAGAAAUACUAAAAGGAUGAUGCUUUUCAGUAGAACAUGA